AUGUCGAGUCAAGAAGGAGGUGUGUUUUUCAUCUAUGGCUACGGAGGGACCGGAAAAACAUAUGUCUGGAAGACAUUAUGUGCUGCAGUAAGGAAGAUGCGCGAAAUUGUAUUGCCUGUAGCUUCGAGUGGAAUUGCUUCUCUCCUCCUUCCACGGGGAAGAACGGCGCGUUCGAGAUUUGGUAUCCCUUUGAAUGUAACUGAGAAUUCUAUAUGUGUCGGAAUUCGUCCUGGGUCGUAUUUAGCUGAUCUUCUUAUCAAGACAAAACUUAUUAUAUGGGAUGAAGUGCCCAUGAUGCAUAAGUAUUGUUUCGAAGCACUUGAUAGAAGUUUGAGGGACAUAAUGAGAUAUUACCAAUUGUACCAAAGGGAACGAGGCAAGAUAUCGUGUUUGCUAUACGUUAAUUCGUCUUACUUGUGGGAUUCGUGUAAGGUCCUAACACUUACUCGCAAUAUGAGACUUCAAUCAGGUUCUUCUAAAUCUUCUGCUGAUGAACUGCGAGAAUUUUCAGAGUGGAUACUAAGCGUAGGAGACGGUAAGGCCGGAGGUCCUAAUGAUGGCGAAGCCGUAAUUGAGGUUGCAAAAGAUAUUCUUAUAGAUCCAGGCGUCGAUCCAAUUUCAGCAAUUGUUGAUAGCACUUAUCUAAACCUACAUGACCAUAUUUGGGAAGCUAAAUAUUUCCAUGAAAGAGCAAUUUUGGCGCCUACGAAUGAGAUAGUGGAGAUAGUCAAUGAUCAUGUUCUAUCUACCAUUCACGGAGAAGAGAAAGUGUAUUUGAGUUAG